ACUGCUGGGGAAGACAUGUGAGGGAGCUGAGAAGCCUGCAGCUGCUCUACCUGUGCGCCUGCCUGUGUGCCUUGUGCUCCUCAACAGGUGAUUGUGCUGCUCUGCCUGGGACCUUGACUGUAUUGUGGAUGUUUAUCCCUCUCAUGCGUUUGGAAUACUCAGAGAGGAAGGUGAAGUUGUUAGCUGCUAGCCUUCGUAGCUGGCUUAAAACCAGACGAACUUGAUCGUUGCUAAGUGAGCUGUCGGAAGUAUGGGAUAACCAAAGCUCUGUGGAGAGGUGUGGGACAAUGAGGGCUUAUUUCUUAUAAGGCUGUAUCACUCAGAAACCUGACUGCUGUUAAGCAAGCACUCAGCAGCAGAGUGUCUGUCUGCCCCGCGCUGCUUCUGUUGGGCAUCUUCACGUGUGCUGCUGGCUUUCAGGUGUUUGUAUCUCACAAAGAGCUUUCUCUGAGCUGAGAAUCCUUUUCCCAAAAAGGACCAAGUGAUACUCUGGUUAAUGAUUUCAUCUGAGCAGUACUUGAAGGAGGUUGGGAAGGCAAGAGCGUUUUGAAGCACCUAUUGUUUGUAAAGUCUCCACCAACACUGUAUGUCAAUAGUCUACUUGCCUAUGGGUAAUUUUUGUUUGUUUUUAUAUUUCCUGUUCAAACUUGAGUAACCAACCUCUUGCUCAAGUAAAUACACCAAAUGGGUUUCUUACGUGGAAGCUUGCAUGUAAUGGACUGGCUGUUUGGGUUUUCUUUUCUUUAAAGAAAUCAGAUUCUGUCUUUUCAGAUGAAUGGGUUAAAUUUCUCUCAGUGUUUUAAGGCCACAUCUUCCCCAGGAGGUGGCAUUUUCACCAUGUAUGCACAUAGCAUUUACCAGGUCUUAGUGAAGGUUAGUUAACUAAUUAAGUUCUCUGGGUUUUAGGUGCAGGUUGAAGACAGUGAUGGCUGCAGUGCAUGCUGAUGCAUUUGACAGCUGCUGUGUGCUGGAAGGUGGCUAUGUCUUAAUGGUAGCAAAAUAUGGAAAUGCAGUUAUUCUCCUUAGUUUCUUUGUGGAAGUGGUCUAUAGGCUGCCACAACAUCUCUGUUGUUUCACCGGGCAUUCCUUGGCACCUGCUGAGAGAGAGGUUUGGUUUAAGCUAACAAGUGAUGUGACCAUAAUCUGUGAAUUUAGAACAUGGAUAAACGUGGUUGUGUUCCUGUUCUGAGCAAAAGGUUCUCAGUGCUUUGUGUUUGAGCAGUGUGCCAGUUGGAUUGUGUUUCCUUUUAGACAGACGUUGUGCUUCGUGUUUCCUGUUUUGGGGGAUUUCUGAGAAGUGUAGAGCUGUGAAUCAUAUGUUGUUCUGGACCGUGCUGUGGUGUUUGGGGGCUUAUCUGUGUGGGAGAGUUAAAGCCAUGAAGGCCGAUGCAUGUAUGAAAACAAAUGUGAUUAUAUUUGACAUAGUUAUCCUUACAUGGACACUUUUUUCACUAGAAUUGUUGUUCUUUUGGUUUUGUAGGCAUCACUUAGGCAGCAGAGUUUGUUGAACUGAAGAGGAAUCAUAGAUGCACGGAAAUUGGUGUGCUCAUGUGGGGUUACCCAAGGAGCUGUGUUGACAUACUUGGUUACAUGUGAUAGAUUAAAAAAAAGGCUGUGCAGUCAAGUUGUUAAUCAUUAAUUCCCUAUCACUGGGUAUUAACUGCCUAAGUCUAUGAACCUGAGCUUAUUAAUAGAAACUGUUCUUAUCGGUUUCAGUUCCCUGCUGUUCAGCAGAGCUGUGCGUUGCAUCAGAGGGACAGGAGCUCUGCAGAUGGGGAAGGACAACUUUUAUUGUAUAUAUAUACUAGAGGGGAAAAAAUGACAAAAACAGUAUUGAGGAGUGACUAAGCACACAGUGUGCAGCAGUCAUGUGAUUUGUGUUGUGCAAGGCUGGUUACCUUUCUGGAGCUUAGGGUAGGACUUGUUCACAGGGAUGUUCCUGCUGCAGAUCUGCUUUGCAUCCCCUGAAGCUGCUGGCAUGGAUGCUCACAGUGAGCAGAUUCACCGCCCUGCUGGCCUGAUCCAGCCUGCAGGUCCCUCUGUGCAGCUGCCAUACUUAGGAUGUAGCAUGAGGAGCUGUAAGGGGCUGAACAUGUGGCUUCUGUCUUAGGAAGCUGAAGUUGGUCACUGCCUGUGCUUACAGCUGCCUCCACUCAUUUGGUACAGGUCCACGUCUGCCCAGUGCUGCAGAGAUCCCCAUUUGUAGGGCUGCAGGUAGCAGUGUGGGGCUUUGUCUACCCUUAGGGUGUUCCUAUGGGAUCCAGGGAGGCAAUGUGUUGUGAACAGGCCAGUUGAAUCUGUGGCAGACCAGAGGUGAAAUGCAAAUGUAGGUAGAGGAGCUCUGCUUUCUGCCAUCGUGAUUCGAUGAAGCUGUGUGAAUUUGUGACUCCUGCCAAACACCACAGGAACUGCAGAGAUGAUAAUCAGUGUGGUUCUAUGAAAAAUGCAUAUCUUCAGUGCUGGCCUUCCGUACCAUGCAAACUGGAACAGAUCUAAAUGUGAGCCAGGGAAGAUCCUGCUUGGUGGACGUUUGCAGUCAUGGGAAGAUCAUCACUUACGGCUUCUGGAAGGCUUUCACACUGUGCAGUCCUGUCAGACUGCCUGCUGCCAGAGCCCUGCCUGUGAUGCCUUUUGGUUCUUGGAAAACAUGUGCAUCCAGGUGAACUGCACCGUGCCUGCCACGUGUCAGGCAAACAGGACUGGCACUUCUGAUUCUGUUUUGGUCUUUUUAAAGAAAUCCAAAAGCACAGAGCACUUCUUAAAGCUUCAAAUGGAAAAUGAUGUGAAGGCCUGGCUUCGCAGGUGGUCAGACUGGGACAUCCCAGUCCAGGGGAAAAAACGACUGCGGAGGUCUUUCCAGAAACAGAGCUUGGCAAUUAACAGGGUGCAGCUCCUGCAAGGGGACACAGCAGCAAGGCCCAGUGGUGAGGCUGCAGCCAGAGCAUCACACAGCACAUCUAGAAGCAGCCGAAGUGACGCAGAGCGCCUGAAGGAUCAAGUACUGAAGCACCUGGGGGAGGACAGGCCUGUUCCUGAGGCCCAUCCAAAUCAAAAGAAAGACGUGCUGAAAAAUGGGCAGAAUCCUCAAGAGCAGAAAACCAAAAGCCCAUUCCCUCCUAAAAGCAAUAAUGUGAAUGGAUCUGGUGAUGCAGACAGUGUUGGCUUCCCACAGAUCCACGUAGGAACAUCUGCACCGGAGUCGCCAGUGUUGGCUACGCUCUCCAGUCCUGUGGCACUGAGCUUGACAGCUGCUGGAAAGACAGAGAAGCCUGAGCUGCUGGAUGAUGCUUCUGUCCAAACCCACUCCUCAGAUACGUUGCCCACCGUCAGCCCUGCGCAGGGAAAAAGCACAAUGAAGAUGCAGGCUGCUACUUCUGUGCCAAGUGGUGUUCCCACAAACAGUAGUGUUUCUCCAGUCCAGGCAAACACUGCUGUGUCACUGAGUACUACUGCGACUACACCAGUUAUGAAGGAGCUGGUGGUUUCUGCUGGAGACAGUGUAGAAGUGACCCUGCCAAAGAAUGAAGUUCAGCUGAAUGCAUUUGUGCUUCCUGAACCACCACCUGGAACCACUUAUUCCUACGAGUGGGAACUGAUUACUCAUCCGAAGGACUACAGUGGAGAAAUGGAAGGGAAACACUCCCAGACCCUUAAGUUAUCUAAGCUUACUGUUGGCCUGUAUGAAUUCAAAGUUGUUGUCGAUGGAGAAAAUGCACAUGGAGAGGGUUAUGUGAAUGUAACAGUGAAUCCAAAGCCUCGAGUGAAUCGUCCUCCUGUUGCCAUCGUCUCCCCACAGUUCCAGGAGAUUUCACUGCCAACCAUUUCAACCGUUAUUGAUGGCAGCCAAAGCACCGAUGAUGAUAAAAUUGUCAGCUAUCACUGGGAAGAACUGAAGGGUCCUUUGAGGGAAGAGAAGGUUUCCAGUGACACUGCCAUACUGACACUGACCAACCUGGUUCCUGGGAAUUACACAUUCAGUCUAACAGUAGUGGACUCAGAUGGUGCCAGCAACUCUACCACUGCCAACUUGACUGUGAACAAAGCAGUGGAUUAUCCGCCGGUGGCAAACGCGGGCCCAAACCAAGUGAUCACCCUGCCUCAGAACUCCAUCACCCUGUAUGGCAAUCAGAGCACUGAUGAUCACAGCAUCGUCAGCUACGAGUGGCUGCUCAGCCCUAACAGCAAAGGGAAGGUGAUGGAGAUGCAGGGGGUGAGGACGCCAGUCUUGCAGCUCUCUGCAAUGCAAGAAGGUGACUACACUUACCAGCUAAUAGUGACUGAUUCUGCUGGGCACCAGUCCACUGCAGAGGUCACUGUGAUCGUCCAGCCAGAGAACAAUAAGCCCCCAAAGGCAGAUGCUGGUCCUGAUAAAGAAUUAACUCUUCCUGUGGACAGCACCACUCUAGAUGGCAGCAAGAGCUCAGACGACCAGAAAAUAGUCUCCUUUCUUUGGGAAAAAACACGGGGACCAGAUGGUGUCAAGCUGGAGAACGCCAACAGCAGCAUUGCCACUGUAACAGGCCUUCAGGUUGGGACGUACGAGUUCACUCUUACAGUUAAGGAUGAGAGGAACUUGCAGAGCCAAAGUUCUGUCAACGUUAUUGUCAAAGAAGAGAUAAACAAGCCACCAGUUGCAAAGAUUGCGGGAAAUGUUGUCAUCACCUUGCCUACAAAUACAGCUGAGUUGGAUGGAUCAAAAUCCUCUGAUGAUAAGGGAAUUGUCAGCUACUUGUGGACUCGGGAUGAGGGGAGCCCUGCAGCUGGGGAGGUUUUAAAUAAUUCAGACCACCAUCCGGUCCUUCUCCUGUCCAAUCUGGUAGAAGGGACUUACACAUUCCAUCUCAGAGUAACAGAUGCCAAAGGAGAGAGUGAUGUGGAAAGGACCACAGUGGAAGUCAAACCUGAUCCUAGGAAAAAUAACCUUGUGGAGAUCAUUCUGGAUGUGAAUGUCAGCCAGCUGACUGAGAGGCAGAAGGGCAUGUUUAUCCGACAGAUAGGAGUUCUGCUGGGGGUCCUUGACUCAGACAUCACUGUGCAAAAGAUCCAGCCGUACACUGAGCAAAGCACGAAGAUGGUAUUUUUUGUGCAGAACCAGCCUCCCCAUCAGAUAUUCAAGGGACGGGAGGUGGCCUGGACACUAAAAAAUGAGCUACGGAAACAGCAGUCGGACUUCCUCAUCUUCCGGGCACUGGAGAUUAACACAGUCACAUGUCAGCUGAACUGCUCUGAGCACGGGCGCUGCGACUCCUUCACCAAACGCUGCGUCUGUGACCCCUUUUGGAUGGAGAACUUCAUCAAGGUGCAGAUGGGGGAUGGCGAAAGUAACUGUGAGUGGAGUGUGCUGUAUGUGAUCAUUGCAUCUUUCGUCAUUGUGGUUGCCUUUGGAAUCUUAUCCUGGAUGGUGAUCUGCUGUUGCAAGAGACGAAAAGGAAAAUCCAAAAGAAAAAGCAAAUACAAGAUCUUGGAUGCAACGGAUCAAGAAAGCCUGGAGUUAAAACCAAAUCCCAAAGCAGGUGGCAGGCAGAAAGCCCAGGUCCUCAACACUAGCCUGAUGCACUCAGAGUCGGAGCUGGACAGUGACGAAGCCAUCUUCACGUGGCCUGACCGUGAAAAAGGGAAACUGCUCCGUAGCCAGAACGGCUCCUUGCGCAAUGGACAGGUGGCACUGAAAGCCAAGAGCCAGAGGGAGGAGAUCCUAUAGCUCCCUUCAGGUGGCCUUUUGCUGGAGCUCAAUAGGAAGGAGAAGGCCGCUCCCGUCCCUGUUCUACAAAGGCCUUCGGAGGCCACUUUGGUUAGGACAGCAGCUGCUAACUUGUUUCCUAGAAAAUAACUUUGUGGGUUUCUUUUCGUUCGGUUAAAACUGGCUGUACUUGAAUUUGAACUGCAAGGGAAAUGAAAGGGAGGAGAAGACAACUGUGAACCACAGGCGAAGCGUCAGAAAAGGCAGAGCUGGAUCUGGAGGACAGAGCCACGAGGAGCAAGUGGGAAUGUGCAGGACCCUCCUAACCCACCUCAGUGCAGCAGAGGAAGCACCUGUGGACUUCCAGGCCCUUUGCCUUGGAAAUCUUUUGAAGAAGGAAGGUCAGAGCUGUACUUCAGGCUGUGCUCUGAGCUCCCUCCAGGCUCCAGCGGCUCGCCACCAACUACUGCUGUCCAUUUUGUUCUUUCCUUUCCACCUUCCCUCAUGGUUUAAGCACUAUGUUAAUUUACACUCGUCCUUUCACAAGCACUGGCUGUUUUGUAGCAUAGAGGAGGAGGAAUCUAAACACUGUGGUCAUGCUGCAUCGGCUUGCAGGUAGGGAGAGGGUUUUGUAGCCAUCCUAAAUAGCGGUCAGACUUUUCUCCCUGGGGUGGCAGUGUGGAGAAGCUGACCUGGCUGUGGUAAUUGGCUGGGCUGGGAGACCCCCUCCUGCAGCAGGCUCUCCUGUUUGGUACCAGAGCAGGGACAGGACUCUCACCUUUGGCACCUCUGUCUCACAUGGCAGACGUAACUCCAAAGCUCUGAGAUGUAAUUCAGCACCCCCGGCAUUUUCUGUUGGUCUUUAAGCCCUCCGUCAGUCUGAACAUCAACCAUAUCUCAAUUUGGAAAUGCAGUGGGGAAGAGGAACCCCUCAGUACCCAAUGAGUGCUGGCAGCUGUGGUUCUCUGCUGGGCUUCAUUCAGGUGUGGUGGUCCUUCCCCAUCCCCGCUUCUCUGUCUCCCUGUGCUGCUUUCAUGGGUUGCACCCCCGUUCUCAUACAGGCACGAAGGACACCGCUGCUCCCCAGUGGUUGGGUGGGCAGUUUAUUGCCUUUCUUUGUGUUUAAAACUGGAAGACUCAUUUCACUGCUUUUGGGUGGUUUUGGUUUUUUUUUUUUUUUUUGUUUCGUUUUGGGUUUUUUUUGAGCUGUGAAAGCCAAAAGGCUUUAACUUCCUCAGUUGUAUUUAUAUUGCUGCACUACUGAUCUGUGUCGAGAGAGCUGAAGAUUAAACACUAUUGAACGCGAGGGGCCGUCCCCUUGCUGAAUGUG